CACUGAGCAUGCAGCCCCUACGUCAGAGCAGAUGGAGAGGAGGAAGAGGGGGAGGGUAAGACACAGAGAGAGAGAGGGGAGGAGGAAGAGGGAGCUGUAUGUGUCUCCUGCAUCCGCGCCAGCAUCACUGCCACCCCAGCUUUCGUCACCGGAAAAAAUACAAAGAGCUUCACACGACAGAGGGAGCAAAAGAAAACAUCAGCAGCAGCUCCUCUUUCACCACCAGACGUGCAUCCCCAGCUUAGGCCUCUACCUUCCUUGAGCAUCUAAAAGCUCCCCCGAAACAGAAAAAGCUCUCCCAGGCAUGACCUGACUGAGGCAGACAGCCAUCAGUCGCUCUCCAUCGACAUGGGCAACCAGGAGGCUAAGCAAAAGAAAGCUGCGGCAGCAUCGGGAAAUGGAAGCUACCCAUCACUGGAUGAAGGAUGGAGAGAGGGAGGAGGGGAUGUGUCAAAAAAGGGAGGAAAGAGGCUGCACGGUAAGCAUGGAUGUAAAGGAGCAGGCAGCAGUGGAGUAGGAGGGGGCACAGGACCAGGCAGGAAAAAAAACAAAUCCGAGUCCAAGCCCUCUGUUUUCUCCAUCCGCAAGAGAAAGAGCAACCUGAAAGGGAAAGGAGACGCAUGCUCCUCUGUAACAGGCUCAAAGGAGGACGUGUUAGCAUCACAACAGGAUGAACUGGACAGGACAAAAACACCUGAUCUGUCAGCAGAUGAGCUCGGGCAGUCGGACACCGAGGCUGCUUUUCCCGAGAAGAGGAAGAAAGUGGAGCCAGGGAACAAGGAUGGAGAUGGGGGAAGAAGAGAGCAGCGUCAGGAGGUGCAGUGGAAAACCUCGACAGCAGCGACCUCUCCCGCAGAGAAUGGAGGGCAAAAGGGAGGGAGCUCUGGGUCAGACACUGAUAUUUACAGCUUCCACUCAGCAGCAGACCACGAGGAUCUGCUAGCGGACAUCCAGCUCGCUAUACGGCUGCAGCACCAACAGCAGCAGGGGGUGGUUAACUCGACUGGGGAAGUACAGGGAGGGGGGGAGGAGAAAGGGAAAAGGAGUAAUGGAGUAAUCAAAUUAACUCCUCCUGAAGCACUUGACCUGACCCCAGAAUUAGAAGUGGCGUCUGAUGCGCUGUCAUUCUUAGAGACAGGGACUCUGUCUGGCUCAAUUAAGGACAUGGACCAGCCUCUAACAAUCAGCCCCACCUUCCAAACAGAGGUGCAGGAGAACAAGGAGGAGAAGGUGCAGCAGGAGGAGGUGGAGUGUCUGGAGUUAAACAGGAAGGGACAGAGGGAGAAGGAGAGAGAAGCCCCUCUUUGUUUUGCCACAGGCGCAAAAGAGCAGCAUGAUUUGGUUCAGCAGCCCGCUUGCACGGCAGUCACUAUGGCUACUGAAGGGGGGGUAGCAGUCAAGCCAGUCACCAUGACAACCAGUGGCAACAGCUUCCCGGAUCACGUACCCCCUCAGGAGGAGGAGGAAGCUGGAGGCGAAACCCCUCAGGAGGAGAGGGAGCCUGGGGUGGACAUGGAUCUCAGUCCUCCUCCCGCAGACAGCCACAACACAAGCACUGAAGCAGCCGAUGGGCUGGGGCCAGGCAUCCUGUCCGAGGACGGUGAGGGUCCAUUGGGCUCGGGUACUAGUGCAGAGUCCCUAGAGGACUGCCUAAGUGCCGGCUCUGAGCACCACUCUGCUUCAGCCAGCACCAGUGCCUCCCCCUCCACCCAGCGGUGCAGGAGGAGCAGCAUCUGCCUCACCCCACUGCCUCCCCAGGAGAGCCCCACAUUGGCCAAACGACUCCUCAGGUCCACCCACUCCUCCACCUCCUCUAGCCCUGUGGUGAAACCCUACCCUCCUAUCUUCCCCUCCUACAUAAAGACCACCACCAGGCAGCUCAGCUCCCCAGGACACUCCCCAGCCCUGUCCCCAUCCCACAGCCCUCUGUCCCCUCGUAGAGUCCACCAUCACCUCCACAGGAUGAUGGCUGAGGGUCAACGGGUCCGUAGGCAGCGCUCCCGCAGCCUGGCCAGGUCUCUGAGUCGCUCAGCUGACUGGACAGAGGAGCUCGAGAGGAGGCUGAGGAGCAGAGAGGAGGAUGGAGGAGCCUCUAGUGGUUCAAGAGAAUAUCUGGAGGGCUACAGAGGAGGAGGCAGCCAGCCCCUGUGUGCGACCAGAAGAUCGUCCUGUGGACAGGUUUCCACCUGCGGCUUUCAGGACGUCUUUACAGGUCGCACCUUGCUGGAGAAGCUGUUCUUGCAGCAGCAGCAGGAGGAGCCCGAAGAGGCAGAGAGGCUGUGCUCCAGGAUCUUGGCCAUGGGUCUCCUGCUGCCGUUCACCGACUGCUUCAGAGAGAAGCUAUGUGACAGCCCUGUACACAUCACCUCCACGUCAUCAGCCAGGUUCGACCAUGAUCAGUUGUAUACAUGGGCAGCAGUUAACCAGCCGUCACACUCCAUGGAUCUGCUUGAUGGGAGGCCUCCUGGGCAGAUCAAGGGUUCCUUGCCCCCAACCAGGCCUGGUUCAGACAAUAGGAACAUAUUCAAAUCCACAGAGGCUGUAUUUGUUGAGGACAAUCAAGAGCAUCCUGCAGCCAUGUUGGGUUUGAAGCCACCACAGGAGGACAGUCAAGAUGGUCUGGAAGAACGAGUCCUACCUUCAACAAAACUGAAGGAGAAGCACAUUAACGUCAUCCUGCAGCUGGAACAAACCAUAGAGGACCUCAGGACUAAGAUCGCCGAGCUGGAGCGACAGCCCCCUCUGCUGGACAGCGACAGUAUGAAACCCGCCACCUCCACCACGGAUAAGGAGUGUGGGGGGGAGGAGAGCUGGCUGAGGGAUGUGUGUGACGCCCACCUGCAGACAGAGGCCCCUCCCUCUCCGGGCUGCCUGGAGGCCAAGUCGGUUCAGACCUCGCCCAUGGAGGACAGCUUUAAGUUCAAAGUGCCUUGCAGCGAGUCGGGUGUAGAGACCGGCUUCCUGCAGCCCCCCCCACAGUGUUCGUGUCAGCAGCAGCCUCCCUCUCUGCCCCUUCCAGUGGGAUUAGAGGCCUCUCAUCCAGCACAGACUGUGGCACCUCCUCCUCCACCUCCUCCCCCACCCUUCCCAGUGGGCUCAGUGCCUGCUUCUCCACCACCACCUCCGCUACCACCUGGUUCAGCAUUUCCUCCUCCUCCUCCUCCUCCUCCUCCUCCUCCACCUCCUCCUCCUCUUCCUGGUGGUCUCAUGCCACCCCCACCUCCUCCCCCUCCUCUGCCUGGUGGCAGUGCUCCACCUCCGCCUCCGCCGCCACCCCCUCCCCUCCCUGGUGGCAUUGCCCCACCCCCUCCUCCCCCAUUACCAGGAUUCGGAGGCCCACCUCCUCCUCCUCCACCACCGCCACCGCCAGGCUGUGGGCCGCCUCCUCCCCCUGCUCCACCAGGAGCCAUCUUUGGUCCCCCGGCUCUCCCAGGCGGUAUGGGCUCACUGCCUCCUCCUCUGCCGUUUGGGCUAUAUGCUCUGGGCCUGACUCAGGAGAAACCCCCCAGGAAGGCUUUGGUGGAGCCACCCAGACCUAUGAAGCCACUUUACUGGACCAGGAUCCAGCUGAACACCAAAAAAGAGGUUACUUCGUCAUUGGUGUGGGACACAAUUGAGGAGCCUGACAUGGACUUUGAAGAGUUUGUGGAGUUGUUCUCGAAAACAGCUGUGAAGGUUAAGAAGCAGCCGCUCUCCGACACCAUCACCAAGUCCAAGGCAAAACAGGUUGUGAAGCUCCUAAACAACAAGCGAUCUCAGGCAGUAGGAAUCCUCAUGUCCUCCCUGCACCUCGAUAUGAAAGAUAUCCAGCAUGCCAUCCUGAACUUGGACAACACGGUAGUGGACCUGGAGACCCUGCAGGCCCUGUAUGAAAAUAGGGCCCAGCAGGAGGAGCUGGACAAGAUUGAAAAGCACAUCAAGUCCUCUAAAGACAAAGAGAAUGCUAAACCUCUGGACAAACCUGAGCAGUUUCUCUACCAGCUCUCCAUGAUCCCGAACUUCUCUGGCAGAGUUUUCUGCAUCCUUUUCCAGUCCAGCUUCACCGAGUGCAUAUCGUCGUUAACGAGGAAACUGGACACGCUGCAGAGAGUCUGUGAGGCCUUACAAGACGAUGGGAGAGUGAAGCAGGUUCUGGGUCUUGUCCUGGCCUUUGGUAACUUCAUGAAUGGUGGUAAUCGAACCAGGGGCCAAGCUGAUGGAUUCACCCUGGACAUUUUGCCCAAACUGAAAGAUGUCAAGAGCAGCGACAGCACGAGAAGUCUUCUGUCUUAUAUUGUUGCUUACUACCUCAGACACUUUGAUGAGGACGCUGGCAGGGAGACGUGUGUGUAUCCAAUCCCGGAGCCUCAAGAUUUGUUCCAGGCUUCACAGAUGAAAUUUGAAGACUUUCAGAAAGACCUGACUCGACUCACGAAGGACCUCAGAGCAUGUACAUCGGAAGUUGAAAAGGUGUGCAAAGUUUCGGAUGAGGAUAACUUGCAGCCUUUCAAAGAUAAUAUGGAAGAAUUCCUGAAACAAGCUAAAAGUGAAAUGGAGACACAUGAAGGUCAACUCAGCAGCACUCACAAACUGUUCAUGGAGCUCUCAGUGUUCUUCUCGGUGAAGGCCAAGGGAGGAGAGAAGGAGGUCUCACCCAACACGUUCUUCUGCAUCUGGCAUGAGUUCUCCUCUGACUUUAAAGACCAGUGGAAGAAGGAGAACAAAACCAUUCUCAAGGAGAGGUUAAAAGCAGCAGAGGAGAGCUUCCGUCAGGCCAAGGAGAAGGCUUCCUACAGCGUCAAACCUAAACACGCCUCUGGCAUCAAAGCCAAGCUGGGCAUGAAGAUCUGACUCCUGGCACGUUUGUUUUCCCAACUGUGGGCACCAUAAGUGAGUAAAAGACAAACAGUAUGAAGAGGACGGAAAAGGAAAUGGAAGGGACAGCACUAAUGUGAACGACAUGUACUGUAUGUGCAGCUGUGCCCACUCUGGACGUCUUGUUUGAUCACUGGUUAAUUUGCAGAGGAUCAGUUUUUUCUGCUCUGUCAUCCUGUUGCCUUAUGUUGCUUAGAACAACAGUCUUGGGAGGAUGCUGCUGCUGCAGGGGCCGCCGGGCACAAGGAAUCAUGGACUGCUGGGAUCAGUGCAGCUCACACACACAACAUACAUUAUACAUUAGCUGGAAGAACUCACUGUCUGUGCAGCCUAUAAGCCCACAUCAUCAUUUUGCUGCAGAAUGGUGAAGUAAGACCACAAUGUUUCAGGUGCAAUGAAUAUGUUGUGCACUUAUUCCCCUGACUGCAACCUCAACAAAUCACCACAAGCUCAGCGAGGAAGACAGCUGGUUUAAAAUGUGACAGUAUUACGUUAUAAAUAUUAACUGCAACUGUCUGACAGGGCACAUUGUGUUAUUUCAAUUGCCUAACUCUCACUGACAGUAUUUAUCAGUUGGCCUUGGCUAUGCAAUGAGAGAAAAAACAUACAUCCAGAACUGAGCCUGUGCAGGAUUCACAGCAGUAUUGUCCCGAACAGAGACGGAGACUUCAGUUUAUGUUUCCUCAUAAUGUGGAAAUCCUCAGGACGUACACACAGUUUAUAGAACUUGAGCCGAGGGACCUUCUAGCCUUCCAGCCCAAUGAUUCCAUGCUGUAGGUUUUCAGGAACAUCAGCUAGAUCCACAUUAAACAGCUUUACAAUUGCAUUCAUUUGCUUUUGUUUUUCAAAGUCAGACGUCAGAGCAGGCUUUUGUUCUGGCAGUGUGUGGAAAUGCGCAGAGUUACCCCUUCAAUCAAUUUAAUUUAGCUUGAUGAGCUACUUGGUGAUGUCCAGCAUGAACGCCAAAUCAAACCACAUAGCCAUAUUCCAUCACUUGGUUCCAUGCAAGGUUUUUCCUUUAUCUCCAUGAGUUGUUGAACUCCGUAAAUGACCCAACCAUUUCACCUCACUGUGGUUAAUCAAAUCUUCAUCUUCACCUCAAGCUCACUUAUCCAAACACAAGUGGUGUUUGUUCAGCCCUCUGCUUCUGACCAGGCUUGUGAAGACAUUAUAUCCUCUCCUCUCCAGAUCCAGCAGUGGCAGUGAUCCAACAAACAAAAACCGUCUUGUUGUUCUGUAUUGGUUAUGUCAGUAGUUUCCUCACAGGUCAGGGAGCUCCAUAUCAUUAAUCCACUCUGUGAUGGUUCCUCAAGAAAAACGGACACUUUGGAACAAUAUUACUUUGUCCCCAGCGGCAACAAGGCUGACCAAUUCAGCAGCCAUUGAUGAAACAGACAGCUGGAUUGACUGGCAUAGAUAAGAAGCACUUGUAGGGACAGUCAGUGAUAUACAGUCUUAUCUGGCUUUACUGUACAAAUAUUAAAAUGGGGGUUAUAGUUGCAACGUGCUGUAUUGAAAAGUAACAUUAAUGUGGGUUUAACCCAGCGACAGCCCAGAACACACUUGGACUGACCCAUUACCACAAUGCUGCUGUGAAUCUCCAGCAGCAUUCCAAUCAGACUCCAGCUUCCAAUCAGACUGCACCUCUCAGUAGAAAGUCACACACAGUAUACAAUUUUUCCAGCACUGUUGAUGG